AUGGUUGAUCAAACUCAAAAACAAAAUUACGUUGGUUCGAUCCAUCUUAUUGAAGAAUAUCCUCGCAUUAACUCUCAAAAUCAGAUAUUUCAAUCAAAUUGGUAUCCUUCACACGACCUAUGUCAACCAAGUUUUACGCGUCAACCAGUUCAGUAUUCACAUUCACACCAUGCAUACCAAAGAUCGCCAAAUCACUCUCAAAAAUUUCGUCUUAAACAACGAACCAACCAACGACAGCGUUCUCGACCUCGACAAAGCCCAAAUUCGAAUCGCUCGAACAGAACAUCUGAUCCGAUGUCACAGAUACAGUUAACUAGCACUUACACAACACCAAUGGAUGUUUCGUUUAUGAUUGACUACUUACAAAAAACAAAUUAUCAUGAAAAUACAGAACUUUUCUUACACGAAAAUGGAUACGAUUUAAAUGUUCAAUCGUCGUUUCAUCCGCAAAAUGCAAAUAAUUUUAUGUUCAAUAAUUAUCAAUCUCUUCAUAAUCAUCAACCUUUACCUAAUUUUGAUUCGAAUAUUUCGCAUGAUAUGUUAGGUUAUAACCAAAUCGGUACACCACCAAAUGUCAACCUUAAUAUGAUGGAAAAUCAAAUUAAUCCUACAGUGACAACUACCUUGGAUUAUGUUCAGAUUAAUAACUGUGCGAAUGCUGUUCCUAUGAAUACAGAUUUCUUAUUAUAUCCUCCUAAUAAUUAUGUUUUUCCUGACGUACCGCUUACUGACUCAUCUCAGAUUAUUUUACCUAAUUACCAACAAACUCAUUUUCUUGUCUAA